AUGAGAUCGAGGAAAGUAAAAACUGUCAAUGACUCAAAGAAGCAAAGAUCGCCUCCACCUUCAACAACCCCUGUGGAAGAGAAAUGGGCGAGUGAGGAUCUAAGAGUAAUGACAAUGGCGAGCGAUGCCGUCUUCAUGACUAUCUAUCGCUUCCUCCUCCGUUCCGUCCGCCGCUACUCUGCCACCUCCUUCGGAACCCCCGUUUUCAACACAUCCACCCAGACGCUAAACCACCACCUAGACACUCAAUCCCCCUUCCAGUCCUCCUCCGCUUCCGCCGCCGCCGACAUCAACCCCUGUCAAUCCCCCAUUUCCACCACAAAUAUCUUAAAUAAUCAAUUUAAAAAUACUUCCACAUCAUCUACACCUGUACGCUCCUACGGCUUCUCCUCCGCCGAAGAGGCAGCUGCUGAGCGUCGUCGCCGCAAGCGCCGCGUACGCAUUGAGCCCCCACUCUAUGCCCUGCGCUCCCAUCCUGCCCCACCAAAACCCAACGACCCCAAUAAGCCUCGUCUCCCAGACUCUACCUCUUCCCUUGUUGGUUCUCGCCUCAACCUCCACAACCGUGUCCAGUCCCUCAUCCGCGCCGGCGACCUCGAUUCGGCCUCCUACAUUGCCCGUCAGUCUGUGUUCCAAUCGCCCCGUCCCUCGGUCUUCACCUGCAACGCGAUCAUUGCUGCCAUGUAUCGCGCCAAGCGCUACGACUAUGCCAAAGCCCUCUUCCAAUACUUUUUUAAUCAGUUCGACAUUAUUCCCAAUAUUGUUUCCUUCAAUAACCUCAUUGGAUGCCACUGCGAGUCCAGUGAUAUUGAGGAGGCAUUAAAAGUAUAUAAUCACAUUCUUGAGAACGCCCCUUAUGCACCAUCAGCCGUCACUUAUCAGCAUCUCACCAAGGGACUUAUUGAUGCUGGACGAAUUAAUGAUGCAGUGGGUUUGCUCCGUGAAAUGUUGCAUAAGGGUCAUGCAGCUGAUUCUUUGGUUUAUAAUAAUUUGAUUCUUGGGUAUUUGAACCUGGGAAAUUUAGAGAAAGCAAAUGAGUUGUUUGAUGAGUUGAAGGAGCGUUGCUCUGUUUAUGACGGGGUUGUAAAUGCAACCUUCAUGGAUUGGUUCUUCAAACAGGGGAAGCCGAAGGAUGCAAUGGAAUCAUAUAGGGAUUUGAUGGAUAGGAAUUACAGGAUGGUGCCUGCCCAGCGAAACGUGCUUUUAGAGACAUUGUUGAGGCAUGGAAGGAAGAAAGAGGCUCGGAAUUUGUUCAAUGACAUGUUGGACGAUCACACCCCGCCAUCAUUUCUGGCAGUAAAUUCAGACACAUUCAAUAUGAUGGUUAAUGAGUGCUUCAAGGAUGGAAAUGUUGCAGAGGCAAUGGAGGUAUUCAAGAGGGUCGGGAAGGCGGUAAAGUCGAAGCCUUUUAUGAUGGAUGUGGCAGGGUAUAACAAUAUGAUGGCAAGGUUGUGCGAGCUUGACAUGAUCGAUGAGGCAGAGGAAUAUUAUAGGCAAGUGAGUAUGAAAUCAAUGUCUUUAAGUGUGAAUACUUACAAAAUAAUGAUUGAUGCUUAUAUGAAAGUGGAUAGGAUUGAGGAAAUGUUGGAUAAGUAUUCGAAGAUGGUUGAGUCAGGGUUUAGGGUUAUUCCAGCAUAUGCGAAUGAGUGGUUUGGGUUCUUGAUUGAGAAGGGUCGGGUUCUUGACUGUCUACCCAUUUUGUCGAAAAUGGGUAAUAAAGAACCGAGACCUGAUUUUACAACCUAUAAUGUUGUAAUUAGGGGCCUAAUUGAGGGAGGCAAUUAUGAUGCCACUGUCAAUUUGCUCAGUCAGAUGAUGGACUACGGUGUUGAUACCACUGUUUCACUCGAGGAAUUUGUGUUGGAUGUUUUUGAGAAACAAGGGAGACGAAUGGAGGUUGAAAACAUUUUCAAUAGAAAAUCGUCUCCGUUUCCACCUCAGAGGCCAUAUCCUGGAUCACGAGGCUCCACACAGACAAUGGUGCCUCCUCAAAUGCCAGAACAGGGAAAAUGGAAUCCCUCGAUGCAAUGGCAAACAAAUUUACCUGCAAACACCUAA